AUGGUUCAACUUAUCGCGUACCAAUCCAAAGACCAAGGUGCAGCAUUUGUGGCUGAACACAUUGCUGAAAAAAUCAAUGAGUUCCAGCCAACAGAAUCAAAACCAUUCGUCUUGGGCUUACCAACAGGAUCCUCUCCUGAACCAGUGUAUAAGCACUUGGUUGAAUUGUACAAUGACAAGAAAGUCUCCUUCAAGAACGUUGUGACUUUCAACAUGGACGAAUACUGCGGCCUUGAACCAUCAAACGACCAAUCCUAUCAUUACUUCAUGUACAAGAACUUGUUCAACCACAUAGACAUACAAGAGAAGAACAUCCAUAUCCUCAAUGGGUUGGCUGAUGAUUUUGAAAAAGAAUGUCAAUCCUACCAAGAAGAAAUUGCCAAAUAUGCCCCAUUCCAGAUAUUCAUGGGUGGGGUAGGGGCCAAGGGCCAUAUCGCAUUCAAUGAAGUUGGAUCAGCCAGAGAUUCCCAGACCCGUAAAGUCGAGCUUGAAGAAUCAACCAUCAAUGCCAACUCCCGUUUCUUCAACGAUGAUCUUUCGAAAGUCCCUCGUUAUGCGUUGAGUGUCGGAAUCUCCACAGUGCUAGAUAACUCCAAAGAAGUCAUAACAUUGGUAUUUGGCAGUUCCAAAGCCCAAAUUCUUAAUAAAACAUUAAACUCUCCAAUAAGCUCAGACAUCCCAAGCACUUUCCUUAGAGAUCACAAGAACUCUUUAAUAGUGUGCGAUUCGGAAGCAUGUGCAGAAUUGCCUGAAUCCGCAGUUGAAAUUUCUAAACUAUAG